AGAUGAUCAACCUUUUCUAAUCGAUUCCACCACGUUUCUUUCACAAUGCAAUCGCAUGACCAUAACUGGUCCUUAUCUUUAAUGCUUUCAAUUCAGACAUAAAGUUUUCUCGUUCAGCAAACCAUGAAUGAAUAUCAGUAAUGUCAAUGAGGCAGUGUCAUUUUUCUCUUCUUUUUUUUUUUCUUCUUUCAAGGUUGUAUUGAACAAUUAAUGGAGGUUGAUUUCGUGAGGGACAUGUUUCAUUUAUGAGAUUGUGGCAGUGCCAUCAAUGGGCUGAUUUACUUUUCACCUUCAAUAAAGAAUGUUUGUAAAUUGAUGUAAUGUAACAAUAUAAUCUUUCUUGUAUCCCCCCAGACUUGCCCAGGGUUGUAUUUAACCAGUGAUGAGGCAGACUACAUUAUAAGCUCAGGGGCUGUGAAGCAAAGCAGACUAUGUCAACAAAAACACAAACCCCUUCUUCUUUUUCUAUGGUCUUUGGCAAAUAACGAACAAAACACUUGGAAGUUCUGUGUGUGGAUACCAGACUGCACUAGAAUGUCUCUCACUCCGACGAUGGAAUGAGCAAUCAACGAUAUUCAACAAGAACUUGGCUCAGUCCCGAAGAAUCUCCACCCGCCUCUGUCUGUUCACUACAGUUCAACCUCCUUGAAGUUAGGAUUCUUAAAGCCACACUGUCCUAAUGGUAGCUACUUGCUCCCUCUACCAGUAUAUAGAAAACUUCCCCAAUCGGUGCCUGUUGGUCCCUCAUGAUCCUCUUUUUCUUAUGUUAAUUGAGAGCUGAGUUGAUGAGAUAGCCACCAUUCAGUGACCUCGCUGUGUGGUAUAAUCCCUUCCGGCUGAACUACCGGUAGUACAGCCGCCCUUUAAAUCUUAAAAUGGCAGGUGUUAGUUCACGAAGGAUUCCAGCAGCUUCGUGCUAUCUUCUGUUGACCGUCGUUUUCGCGUUCGUAGCGGUAACACCAACGAACGCAGAGAACCCUAAAGUUUACAAGGAGGCACUGAAGGUGAAGGCGAAGGGGGCUCAAUGGGAGAUGCCGGUCGGAGGGGCAGUGGCCAGACGCGCCCAACGAGACGGUUACUGGCUGACCAACUCCUGCGGGAAGCUGACCGCUCUGAUGCAGACCAAGAAGAAGGUGAUUGACAAGCUGAAUCUGACCAUUUACGACGUUGAUCAGAAUUUUCAGCUGCCCAAGGAAGAGAGGGCCUUCCAGAUACAUACCUUUCAGAUCUUCCAGAAGGAGAUCAACGAGAGUGAGAAUGAGAUCUUCAUGGCCAUUAAUGGACUACAGAGGGCGCUCCAGGGCAAUUACAAGGACAUCAUUAACAUGAUGGAGAGCAGCCGUCUGCGUCUGGAUGCCUUGCGAGAGGCGACCCUGAUGGAGGAACAAGAGUUCAAUGACCUGGUAGCUGCGGAGAAGAAGCAGGUAGCUGCCAAGGUUCACCUUCAGCAUCUCAACUUUGGGAAUUCCUCAAACCACACCAAAGUGGAGACUAUUCUAGAUGAAAUAUUUCAGGAGGUAGCUGAAGCGGCGGAUAAGCUGGAGAUUGACAUAGAAGAACAUGCCUUUGACAAGAGCAAAAUGGCUAAAGGAUCCCAGAUCGAGGCUGUCGUCCGCAUCGAUGAGAUCCUCGGCAAUUACAACAACCCCAACUCUGAACGGAAAAGAGCGAUACAGCCUGGGAUGAGUGUACUCGUCGAUACAAGUAACAAUCAGUAUGUACUUACCAGGCCGAAGGAUACAACAGUGCCACUCGAAGAUCAUAAUUUUAUAAAGGAUAUCAUCUUGAUGGUGGUGUUGGCAUCCAUCCUGGGCUGGGGAAGCAGUGCAAUGGGGUUUCCUGCUAUGUUUGGUUACAUCAUGGCUGGCGUUAUACUAGGAUCAGAUGGGUGUAAUAUCGUCAAGGCAGUGGUACAGGUGGAGAGCCUUGCUGUAUUCGGAUCUUUCUUCAUUCUUUUCUCUGUUGGGUUAGAAUUCUCUCCUGAAAAGAUUAAAAAGGUAUGGAAGGUAGCUCUCACCGGCAGCGUAGCCAUGAGUGUGCUCAUGAUCGUCUACGGGAUUCUCUUCGGUUACGCCUUGCAUAUCAUACCCAGACAGAGUGCUUUCAUCGCCGCCUGUCUGUCUCUCUCCAGCACUCCGCUGGUCGUCAAGUUCCUCAGCACGAGCUCAAACUCCACACGCGGCAGAGAUAAAGAGGAAGAUCAUGAAUACAGUCCUACCCUCCUCGGGAUACUGGUGAUGCAGGACGUCCAGUUAGGUCUUCUUGUAGCCAUCAUGCCGAUGCUAGCUGGGGCCGAGAAUGCCUUACCCAAUACCAAAGAAGAGGUGUCCAUACUCACCAACAUUGUGGGAACUUUAAGGCUGAUUCUUUGGCUGACAUUAGCCAUGGGAAGCAUUCUACUCUUGACCUACUCCUUCAGUAAAAUAGUUGUACCCGUCAUCUUCAAUCGCUUAAAACGCGAGGGCAACAAGGAGAUUCUACUCCUAGCUACAAUAUCCUGUGUAUUUAUCAUGCUCAUGAUCACAGACUCACUAGGCCUGUCUAUGGAGCUUGGUUGUUUUCUCGCCGGAGCGAUGUUAAGUACUUUAGGUCAUUCGUUCAUAGAAGAAUUAAAUGUGUUGGUGGAGCCCAUUAGAGAUGUCUUCGCUUGCUUGUUCUUUGCGUCUAUAGGUCUUCAUAUCUUCCCAACCUUCGUAGCGUAUGAGCUAUCUAUUCUCCUUAGUCUUACAUUCACUGUAGUCAUAUUAAAGUUUUUGACAGGUGUCUUUGUACUGGGUAUUCUUCUACCGUUGAGUACGAGACAUAUCAAAUGGGUCGUAGCGUCGGGCUUAGCUCAGGUCAGUGAAUUCUCCUUUGUACUCGGAAGCAGAGCGAGGAGAUUGGGCAUCCUGUCCAGGGAGGUGUACCUCUUAAUUCUAAGCGUCACAACCCUGAGUCUUCUCAUGGCACCUAUUCUGUGGAGGAUUUCUCUAUGGCGAUGCAGGAGACAUGUACACAGACCAGUCUUAGCCAGAAUUUAUGAAGCACUUUGGAGCAGAUUUGGACUACACAAGUCAUGUAGUGAGAGUGAGAGUGACAUUGGGACCAAGACUGUUUGACAUUGGAUCCAAGUCUACCUGAAACAUUGUGAUUGAAGCCUAGGACUACAUGCGAUUGAGAUUCCAAAGCUAUGUGAGCUUGAAAUUGGGACCAAGGCUAUCUGAGACUCCAAUGUGGACCAAGGCUACCUGAAAUAUGGGAUUAAAAGUUAAUAUUACUUGUACUUGUGGUUGGAAUUAGGUCCAAAUUGAUAUGAGCUUGACAUGAGACUCAAGGCUGUCUGAGAUGUAUGCUUGAAGCGUACAGCUACAUGUGUUGUAUAUUGGGACAUUUGCGAUGUGAGCUUGAAAUCGGGACCAGGGCUGUCCGAGACUCACUUUUAAACCUAGUCUGCUUGAAAUAUGUGAUGGGUGCCUGAGACUAUCUGAAAUUGGAGACUGAUGUUGGACCAAGUCUGCUCCAGAUCAAGAAGAGGACCAAGUCAGCUUGAUACACAGAACUAAGAUUAAGACUUCCUGAGAUUGGAAGAAUAAAGAAGGAAAUAAAGACCAAUUGUGUUCUGGUGUCACUGGGACCAAAGCUACUUGAGAUUGGGAUUGGCACUAUUUUGAGAUUGGGACCUAGACUGAGAUUUAGACUAGUCUAUCUCAGAGUAUGCUGUAAGACCAAGUCUAUCUGAGUCUGAAGUUUGGCCCAGAAGAUGAAAUAAACAUGAAGAAUUAUUUCAUGACAAAUGUAACACUAAACAGAACAGGGUAUAGCUUGAGCAGAUAUCUGCAUCACCUGUACUAUGAUGUAUUUAACUAAAAAUAUUGCUCAAAGGCUGCUGACAAUAGCCUCAAAUAUGUUGUAUUUCUAAGCUUUGAUGAUCCUAAUUAGGUUUUAUUGAUAUGCUUCGUAGAUUUUAAUCCAAAGACAUUACAAGUGCAUUCUCUGUCUAAUACCAAAUCACCUGGAAUUAAUUUUUCCAUCAGUAUUGAAAUAGAAAACAGCCAUUAGUUCGAUGGGAAUAUCCUCUACUGGUACUAACGGAAGUACAAUUUAAAGUUGUGCAGGUACACCUUCGCGUUUGUGUCAAAUGUUAAUGUGAUGUUAUUUAUGUUUUGCUUGUAUGUCCUGGAUAUUGUAACGCACAAAUUGACUUGUAAUCACUUGUAAAAAUCUAUUGUAUUUCAAAUCUUGCUGCAAUUAAUUGUAUCUUAAUGUUGCGUUGUUUCCAUGUGUAUCAAAACAGUAAUAGUAAAUCAGUAUUUAUCGUACAGUUACGAUCGAUGGCAGGCGAUACAGUUGAUCUGAAAGAGAUAGAAAUUAAUUUUAAGAGAAAUGUUUAAGAUGCAGGGCCCUGUAUUGGUUGUCACUGUCUUCUGGAUUAAAUUUAAGAUAGGAACUUGA